AUGGUGGGCCGACGUGUCCUUCACGGAGAUCUCAGCCCUAACAAUGCUAUUAUUUACCAAGGAAAAGGCUAUUUUAUUGACUUUGACCAUGCAAAGUUUCUCAAUGAUGAUGGGAAAGCAGAUCCAAGUCCACACGGUACUGGAACUGUACCCUACAUAUCUUUUCGCGUUCUCCGCCUAAUGGGAGAUGGUCAUUUGGUCCAACAUAUGCCCUGCGACGAUCUCGAGUCACUUUUUUACAUCCUGCUUGAGUUUACCGUGAUAUAUCUAGGACCGAAGGGCAUACUGGCCCCCCAACCCAGUCCAGAAGCUUUGCGACGGGAUGCCGUUUGGAGGUGGGCGGUCUCCUAUGAAAACAUGACCCAAGAUGGUCUCGCGACCAGCAGUAUUUGGAAGCGGGAAUUCAUCAAUGGUCUGGCUGACCCACCCUUAAUCACUCCAUACUUUAUCCUCUGCUGCCCCCUCCUUGAAAAGUGGUGUUGCACAAUUUCUCUUGCAAGUUCUCAGUCAACUGCCCUGUCUCACAAUACAAUAUGCGAUAUUCUAAUGUGGGACUUAAGCAUGAUCAGUCAGCAACUUUCUCAGAUACAUCCUCCUGCACUUCUAGCACCUCUAUCUACACCAGAACCAACCAUCGCUCUAUCGCCUCCUCCUGCACCUCCAUCUGCACCGGAAUCAACCAUUGCUCCACUGCCUCCUGAUAUUUCUGUAGCUGUUCAUCGGUCUCGUCGGUCAAAGAUGGCACCUGUCAAAUGCUAA